ACGCGGCGCCCCAGGAGCCAGGAGCCUCGCGUGAAGCCUUGGUUAGUCCUGCUGCUUUUCAUCCUCCCAGCGGAAUCGCUUCAAGACCUUUCCUCAGCUUGCGAAGGCUUCCUGAGGACGGCCACGGCUGCCGUGGGGCCGAAGGAGCCCGGCACGGGUCUAGGACACCUCCGGGACCCGAUUAGACACCUCAGCUGCCUGGAGGCUGAGGUGCCAAGGGCGUGGGGCCGAGAGGAGCCCGCGCAGCCGCCCCACCCACUCGCUGCCUGGCCCCCUCACCCCCAGAGGGAGCGGGCUGUGGGGUUAGCGGACACACCCCCUCAGGCCGCGGUAGUCCCCGCCCAUCCUUCCUCUCUGCCUGCUUUGCUCACGGUCCCGGAGCCCUUCUCUUGGUUUCGGCAUUGCACUAAGAGGGAUGCACUCCGGAAAGCCACAUUGCCAGGUUACAUCUUGUUUGGAGAAGAGGCCAGGUUUUUGGAUUUGGGGUACUCAUUCACCUUUUCAAGGGCCUACGAUAGAUUUGAUUAAUCAGCCUGAAGUACUGUUUCUGCUAAAACUGCUGAAUUGCGGUUUUGGGGUUCGUUUGGAUUCUUUUUAACUUCACUACCUUCCAUGCUUUCAGAAACAUUAGGCUAUUAGAGGCUUCUCAGAACUUUAAGCUCGACUUGAGGUGACCAGAACACCCUGUUUGGAGCAUGGCUGCAGUCCUGGACUCCCAGGUCAGCAUUCCCCUGGAGGUAGAGGAGUGUGUAAUAAUGAAGGUAGAAAAGGACCCCGAUUGGGCGUCAGAGCACUUUGAGGAAGGAUUGGAGAGCACUGAGUGUGAGACCUUUCGCAAAUGCUUCAGGCAGUUCUGUUAUGAGGAUGUAACUGGACCCCAUGAAGCUUUCAGUAAACUCUGGGAACUUUGUUGCCGGUGGUUGAAACCUGAAACGCGCUCCAAAGAACAGAUGCUUGAGCUGUUGGUGAUUGAGCAGUUUCUUACCAUUUUACCCAAGAAGAUUCAGGCGUGGGCCCAGAGGCAGUGUCCAGAAAGCGGAGAAGAGGCAGUGGCCCUGGUGGUCCAUUUGGAGAAAGAGACUGGAAGACUGAGACGGCAGGUCAGCAGUCCUGUACGCUUAGAGAAGCAAGCCCCACUUGGAACAGUGUGGGAGAUAGCAGACUUUCAGCAGGAGCAGAAAGAGACCCAAUCCAAAGUACUGUCUCGGAAAGAAGCUGGAAGCCUCCACUCAGGACGCCAGGAACAGCUGAAUCAAAAGAGAGACUAUCAACUCUUACCCAGAAAUGCUCAGUCUUCUCCCUGGGUUUCUACCCCUACUGAUGAAUGGAACACCAUAGACCAGGAGGUGACAACUACACAUCCUCCUCCUAGGUCCCAGGAACCAGUGAAAGAUGUCCAUGUGAUAAGAGGUUUUUCCCACAAAAAGACUGUGCAUCAGAUCCCUGCUCAUAGAGACCUUUACCAGGAAAUCAGGAAGGAGAAUGUUGAGCACACAGUCACCCUAGGAAAUACAAUGUCUCUAUCUAACAAGAUAGCCCGAUUGGAGCAAAGAAAAGAGCCAUGGACCAUAAGUCCACAUUCCUCAAAUAAAAGAAAUAUCCUGCAAAGCACCUAUGUCAAGGAAAAAUCAGUUCAUGCUGUUCGGAUCCCAGCAAGGAAUGCUGGAAAAGCAUGGAGAGAACAGCAACAGUGGGGUGUAGAAGAUGAGAAGAUAGCAGGUGUGCACUGGAGCUAUGAGGAGACUAAGACUUUUCUUGCAAUUCUCAAGGAGUCUCGUUUUUAUGAAACACUUCAGGCUUGUCCCCGAAAUAGCCAAGUCUAUGGUGCUGUGGCUGAAUGGUUGCGGGAAUGUGGCUUCCUCCGCACACCAGAACAGUGCCGAACCAAAUUCAAAAGCCUGCAGAAAAGCUAUCGAAAAGUGAGAAAUGGCCACAUGCUGGAACCCUGUGCCUUCUUUGAGGACAUGGAUGCUUUGUUAAACCCUACAGCCCAUGCUUCAUCUACUGACAAGCCUAAGGAGAUGAUAUCUCUCCCUAGACUAAAGAGAAUUGGUAAUAGUGCUAAGGAACAGAUCACUUCGGUGGAAGAGGAAGCUGCAGAAGAAUCUGAUGGUGAUGAAAUGGGCAUUGAAUUUAUCCACAAGCCUGAAAUUCAUGGUGCCCCUGUCUUGUAUCAAAACCUGAGUGGUGUGCACUGGGGCUAUGAAGAAACAAAGACUUUUCUUGAUAUACUUCAUGAGACUCGGUUUUAUGAAGCACUUCAAGCUUGUCAUCGGAAGAGCAAGUUGUAUGGGGCCGUGGCUGAACAACUUCGAGAGUGUGGCUUCCUCCGAACACCUGAACAAUGCCGAACCAAGUUCAAAAGCCUUCAAAAGAGUUACCGCAAAGUAAAGAAUGGACAUGUGCUAGAGUCCUGUGCAUUCUACAAGGAAAUGGAUGCCCUGAUUAACUCUCGGGCAUCAGCCCCUUCCACCAAUAGUCCGGAAGUCCUGUCAUCCUCAGGGCAAGAAACAGGGCCUAUUGAGGUAGAAACCCAGGAAUCUACAGGCUGGGAACCUGAGGAGACCUCCCAGGAAGCAAUAAUAGAAGAUUCUGGCAAUGAAAGAAUGAGUGAGGAGGAAGUUAUACAAGAGCAAGAAUUCCAGGGACCUCCAGGUCUGCUGCAAACCCCAAAUGAUUUUGAAAUUGGAAGUAGCAGCAAGGAGGAUCCAACACAGGUAAUAUAUAAGAACAUAGAACCACAUAAGACAUUAAUAGAAAAAUCUAAAAGAAUUGUUUCCCAGAAUACUGAUCCCAGCAGAUAUCACAAAAGAGAAUGCAUCUCAGGAAGACAAUGGGAAAAUUUUCAAGGCAUUAGACAGGGAAAGCUGAUGCUCCAGCCUAGAGAUCUGGGGAAAGCUGUGAUGCAUCAGAGGCCUUUGAUGGGAAGGAGACCCUACAGACUUCUCAAAUACGGAGAGAGCUUUGGAAGGAGUGCUCGUCUUAUGUGCCGGAUGACCCACCAGAAAGAGAACCCUUAUAAGUGUAGUGUCUGCGGGAAGUGCUUUGGUAGAAGCAGGAGCCUAAUCAGACACCAAAGAAUCCACACAGGGGAAAAGCCUUUCAAAUGUCUUGACUGUGGGAAAAGCUUUAAUGACUCCUCCAAUUUUGGAGCUCACCAGAGAAUCCACACAGGAGAGAAACCGUACAGAUGUGGGGAGUGUGGAAAAUGCUUCAGUCAAAGCUCUAGUCUUAUUAUCCAUCAGCGAACCCACACUGGUGAGAAGCCCUAUCAGUGUGGAGAGUGUGGGAAAAGCUUUACCAACAGUUCUCAUUUCAGUGCUCAUCGCAGAGUCCACACUGGAGAGAAUCCCUACAAAUGUGUGGACUGUGAGAAAAGUUUCAAUAACUGCACAAGAUUUCGAGAACACCGGAGGAUCCACACUGGAGAGAAGCCCUAUGGAUGUGCCCACUGUGGCAAACGUUUCAGUAAGAGUUCUGUUCUCACCAAACAUAGGGACGUUCAUGUGAGAGAAAAGUUUCUGCCACACACCACCUCAAUGUAUUCCCCAGAGAACUCACUGAAAGGAAAGACUGAUGACUUCAGGAAAACACUUUAAUAAUGAGCCCCUUUAGCUAUCUCACCCAGCCUGACUAUCCGUGGUAGUCUUUUCUUAGACCUAAAGUGUAAUUCCCAAGAUAAAUUUGAGAUUACAUAAGACUUUUAUCCUGUUCUUGCUUCUGCCUCUAACUCCAUCACCUCUUCCUCUCUGUUUCUCCACUUUAGUAUGGUAGAGUAGAGAAAACACAUUCUCUGCAUACAGAACAAAGUUCUUUUUGGUAUGUUGCGAUCACUGCUAUUGGAUUCCUGAGUUCAGGAAUAUUCAAGAUCCUUUCAAGUGGCUGAGGUGUUUUCAAGGGAGUAAAUGCCAAAAGGAUUUGUUGUUGUUGUUGUUGUUGUUGUUGCUGUUGCUGUUGCUGUUGUUAUGUACUAUAUGAGAUCCUGGAUGUAACUUGAUAACAGAUUUUCCCAUUUCAGUAAAACUUUCAGGAAUCUGAUCACAGAUAAAUCAGAUCCACCUCCAUUUUGAAGAUACUCAUAAAAAGAGAGUGAAGAUUUUAUAGCUUCCUUGAGAAACCUGAUAUGAUGUCGUUUUAUUGUCAAGAAGUUGAUCCAUAUGGCUAGGGAAGAUGCUCUAUGUUGUCACUGAAGUCAUGUUACUAAUGCCUCACCGUCUAUCACAAUGAGAAGCAGAUGAUCACCCAUCAUUACCUUCUGUACCUGAAGAUUUACAUUCCUGUGGCCACUGCUUCUCCAACCCCCAAGUAAAAUUCCAGGAAAUUCCUCUUGCUAUUUCUUACAAGGUUUACACUUACCUCUUAAUUGUUGCAGGUGUUCUCAGUGGACUCUUCUAAACUACCAUGCUAUCUGAAAAUUAAAUAGAAUGCAUGAUUAUGGGUGUGUCUCAUUAAAAUAAAGUAGGGUUUCAGACACAUUGUAAUUCUACCCUAUAACUUCUCUGGCUCUUUCCUAGAAAUGUGACUGGUUUAUUGACAUAUUUUAUAUUUACCAGCCCACAUUUUAGUAUAGUAGUAGUGUUUCUGAAAUUGUAAAGGAAUAGGGAAGAAAUAUGAUAAAGACCUGAAGUGUGUAGUGGACUCGUUAGGCUUGAUGUAGAUCAGAGAAUUCUUUCAGUCCAAGCCAACACUUUCAGGGGGCACCUGUUCAAUAUACUAACCUCUGUAUCUGAGGAUUCAGUUCCUUGUUCAUAGGAUCAUAAGCCUAACUGUAAUGGCCCUGAAGAAUUAUACGACUCUACAAUUCACUAAGUGAAAGUGGAAGUAUUUAUAGCAAAUUACAAUCUAGAAGGCCAUUUUUGUUUUCCUAAUUUAGGUUUGCCUGAAAAAUCUCUUUGGUUUCCCUGUAGCAUCAUCCCAGUAAAUACAGAUAAAUGGUUUAGAUGGGGAAAUAGUAAUUCAUGUACAGAAUUACAGAUGAAAUCCAGGGAUUUGAUCUUUUAAAGCCAAUUGCUUUAGGAUGGAGCCAGUGGUAUUUAUAUGCUUAAUACCUAGAGUGGCUUUGCUUUGGGGUGGGAAAAAUCAGUAGUUUAGAGGAAAAAUAACCAGAGUCAGGACUAUAUGUAGAUUAUUCUUUUGUUUUUAUCUCUCUCUACUUCGUCAAAUGCUGCCUUAUUUGAAGGCACCUAGGGAUAGUGUUUUUCCUUCAAGUAAAUUAGAAUCUUUUGAAAGCUGUUCAGCAAAGUACCAAGGAGGGUAAGCACUGUUAAAAGAAAUUCAAUUUAUGGUGCCCGAAUAGGAUGUGGCCUGUUGGCAAGCAGGUGACUCAGGUAAACACUGAUGAACGUUUCUGAUUUACAGUUUAUUGGAAAUGUUCUGAUUGUUCACGUCAACUAUUUGAUUUACUCUAUGUUGUCCAAAUUAUAGACUUCUAAUAGUACAUACAUUUCAUGUUGGUAUUGUGCCUAGCACAGUAAGAUGUGUGUGGUGCCAGUGGGCUUGUGCUUAUAUUGUGUAGAUGUUCUGGAAUUCCAACUCUAGAAAAGAUGCACAUUAAUAUAAAUUACCACUUAGUAAUAUGUACACAGAAUUGAUAAUUAUAUGGAAGCAUGAUUCAGAAAAGUAGAUGAUCUAUUCAUAAAUAUUUAAUAAGCACUGUUACGUGUAAGACCAUGUUCUAAGCUGUGGUGGGAUAUACAAAAAUUUUAAAAGGGGGCAUGAUGCCUAUACUUACGGAAGUUACAACAUGAUUACAACAAACACGUAUUGAGGCAAAAAAUAAUGGCCAUUACAUCUAUGUCAGUUAAAGAAGGUAAAUCAGGAAGAAAUCACCUUUACUGCUAAAGUUUUUCUGAAUUACAAAUGUGAAAUCAUGUUUGGUGCUACUGGCAGGAAAGGAUCAAGGCCUUGUUUGUCCACAGUGGAACUGUCUCAUAUCUGGAGUCAAGCUAAGGUGGAAGGUACGUUCCCCUAUUUACAUUCCUGAUUGUAAAUGGGCUUUUGGGCAUCCUUUAAUGGAUUUGUCUCUAUUUUAACUAAAUAGAAGAUCUCACUGAUCAUUUUAGACCAACUUUACUGUCUCCCUGCAUGUUAUCUUUUAUGAAGCUGAAAGUUAAAAUGAAUAAUCACAGUUUUAAGUAGUUUGUCUUUUAUAUCAUAUAACAUUGCCUUUUUGAAGAUGCACAGGAAAAUCUUUUUUUUUCUAGUUCUCACUAGGUAUUGCUUUGAUUCUCAGCCAAAACAAUUUUUCUUAUCUUACACUAUGAUUUUAUAAUUUACUGUUUGCCCUCUUUGUUCUGGCUGUUAGCCCAAUAGAAGUCCACCUCAGCUACCCUAACCCUGAAUUUAUUUAAACCUGCCCUUUUUCAAGAUUGCUUCAAAUCCUAGUUUUUAAAAGUGGUAUAAACAUUUUAUUUUCUGACAUCUAAGGCAUUUUAGAAACUGAAUUCAUAUUUCCUACCUAGAUUUGUAUUGAUUUUCAGAAAUACCUCUAAUUAUCACUGGUUAUUUUAUUAAACAUUUAACUUAAUUUAUCUGGAAGGAAACAGUUUUUUAAAGAAAAGAACUUCACACAUACAUAAACAGCUUAGGGUAGCCUCUCCUUGGAAGGAGCAUUACAUCAAAAGCCAAAAAAAAAGUUUCAGUCUUGUGAAUACCACUUACUAAGUAUUGCUUGACAAAUCAUGGCCUGUCUUUGAGAAGUAGAACUUGACUGCCAAGAUUGCUCAGGUACUUUCAUUUAGGAGGCUGUGGUGCCAGGUUGAGAUUGAGAGACCAGGCUCCAGCCUAACUCCCCACUGUAUAGAGCCUCUGCCGUACUCUGUGUGUUUCAUGUGCAUCAGAGGGACAGUGUGACACCAAAGCCAGCCAAGGAGUGCUCACCAAGGAGAAAGGACAAGUCACUCACAUUCAAUAGGCAGCUGGAUAGGUACCCUGGUAGGCAAAAGCAAGUAGUUGCAGUGAAAGUUAUUUUGUGAAAUCUUGUGCCCACUGACAGAGUCAGUGAUAUGGAGCUAGGGAGCCCCAGUGAAAGGAGUACUGAGCAACCUGUGUAACUCUGAGCCCUUGCCCCAUCUCUAUGCGUUCCAAGACCAAGUAUAAAUGGAUGUCUGUCAUUGUUCUGUGUUGAUGUUCACUUAGAUGUCUUCUUGAAAACUUGUAUGUGAAAUAAAUGUCUACAAAAAAUGGCUCCCCUUGGUUUCUGCCA